CAAACACACACAGAGGCAGACUUUGCUCCAUUGAGACCAUUCUCAGUUGAUUGUAGGAGUCAUUUGCAUGUCAGGGGAGUUUUUGUUCCAUUCCAAGACACGCCACGGACACACAUGAUCAUACACACACCUGGGGUUACAAAAGCUGCUCUGCGCUGUAAAGGACUCCAAAUCACGUUUAGGUGAUUGAAACAGAACUGCUGCACCAAGGAAUUUUACAAGGUAUUGUGAAUAAUUUUUUGAAUUCUUCUCAUUUGCUCAUUUGUUUCCAUACCUCUAGAUUUUGGUUCAUUUGAGGGAGUGUGAGAUUUUCAGUAAAUUGAUAGAUGCCUAUGCUUUGUGAAGAAUGUGUGUGCUGGAAGGGUUUAACUCAAAAAUAAAAUGUUAUUCCUGUAAUAUAUCAGCAGGUAACUGUAAAACAUCUUUCUCAGUGUGUUUUUAGGAGAUUUCUAUGGUUGUUAAUCUGUGUGUGUGUGUGUGUGUGUGUGUGUAUGUAUGUCUGUGAGUGUGUGCGUGUGUGUGUGUGUGUGUGUGUAUGUGUGUGUGUGUGUGUGUGGGUGUAUACAAGACUGUGUGUGUGUGUGUGUGUGUCUGCUUUACCCAUGCAGUGUGUAGUUGAUAGAAGUGCAGUGUGUGUAGUUAGUAUCUGUGUGUUCUCUCCUCCUCCAACCCAGCUGUAGAGACAUGUGGUGGGUCUUUGUCCUGCUGCUAUCCCUGGCCAGCCGGGCUCUGUCUUUAGAAAUGCUCAACAUGUGUAUGGAUGCCAAACAUCACAAAAAAGAGCCUGGCGCCGAAGGACAACUCUAUCGACAGGUGUGUGUGUGUGUGUGUGCGUAUGUGUGUUUAUGGUAGGAGAGUGAGUGGAAUGGAUGGAAAAAUAAUGUUAUUUUCCUCCUGUAGUGUGCUCCAUGGAGGGAUAAUGUUAUUUUCCUCCUGCAGUGUGCUCCGUGGAGGGAUAAUGUUGUUUUCCUCCUGUAGUGUGCUCCGUGGAAGGAUAAUGUUGUUUUCCUCCUGUAGUGUGCUCCAUGGAGAGAUAAUGCAUGUUGUACAGCUAACACCAGUACGGAGGCCCACGAUGAUAACUCCUAUCUGUACAACUUUAACUGGAACCACUGUGGCAUCAUGACCCCCAAAUGCAAGAAACACUUCACCCAGGACACCUGCUUCUACGAGUGCUCACCUCACCUGGGGCCCUGGAUACAGCAGGUAAAGGCAUAGCAUUUUUCCUAGGCAGAUAAUCUGGCAUGUGGCCUGACUAGACUAAAGGUAUUGAGGGAAUUUGAAUAAGCUGGCCUGGGCGGAUGUAUUUUGCACCGGGUGAAAAGUGAUUGCAUUAGUUUUGGAACCGGGAUGCCUCCCGGGAGUGAACCAGGUGCCCCGUUCUGGUUUACGGCAAAGUCGGCUCAAAACAAAAGUGAUGUAGGCCUAGGUUAACCACGUGGAGUAAUGAAUAAGAUUCUGUGUUUUCACAUACAAAAGGGAUUGCUUUUGAUAAAAACACUUUAUCUGCCUUCUUAAUGAAAACUAGUCUAAAAUAUUCAAACAUAUAUUUUCUGGAAAAGGGAUUGUAUGUUUUUGAACAAUGCAUCAAGCUGCCUUCUUGACAACAAGACCGAGUGGCACAGAUUACUGUUUGAUUUCAGCGAGGCGCACCUCCCUCACCAGCUUCGCCCGGUCACGUGACAUGCCAUAUCAAUCAAUCAAAUGUAUUUAUGAAGCCCUUUUUACAUCAGCAGAUGUCACAAAGUGCUAUACAGAAACCCAGCCUAAAACCCCAAUCAGCAAGCAAUGCAGAUGUAGAAGCACGGUUCAACCCGGGCCAUUUUAAUUGAUUCCCCUCGGUGUCUCAGCCAUGGUCUCAGCCAUGUCACAACUACUAAAAUAAAGUACACUACAUAUACAAAAGUAUGUGGACACCCCUUCAAAUUCAAUCUCCAUAGACAAACAUUAGCAGUAGAAUGGCCUUACUGAAGAGCUCACUGACUUUCAACAUCUUUCCAAAAAGUCAGUUCGUCAAAUGUCUGCCCUGCUAGAGCUGCCCCGGUCAACUGUAAAUGCUGUUAUUGUGAAGUGGAAACGUCUAGGAGCAACAACGGCUCAGCUGCGAAGUGGUAGGCCAUACAAGCUCACAGAACGGGACCGCCGAGUGCUGAAGCGCGUAGCGCGUAAAGAUCGUCUGUCCUUGGUUACAACACUCACUACCGUGUUCCAAACUGCCUCUGGAAGUAACUUCAGCACAAUAACUGUUCGUUGGGAGCUUCAUGAAAUGGGUUUCCAUGGCCGAGCAGCUGCACACAAGCCUAAGAUCACCAUGCGCAAUGCCAAGCGUCCGCUGGAGUGGUGUAAAGUUCGCCACCAUUGGACUCUGGAGCAGUGGAAACGCACUCUCUGGAGUGAUGAACCACGCUUCACCAUCUGGCAGUCAGAUCGACAGAUCUGGGUUUGGCGGAUGCCAGGAGAACGCUACCUGCCCGGAUGCAUAGUGCCAACUGUAAAGGUGGUGGAGGAGGAAUAAUGGUCUGUGGCUGUUUUUGAUGGUUCGGGCUAGGCCCCUUAGUUCCAGUGAUACAAGUCCCCUUAGUUCCAGUGAUAUACUACAGCAUACAAUGACAUUCUAGAUGAUUCCGUGCUUCCAACUUUGUGGCAACAGUUUGGGGAAGGCCCUUUCCUGUUUCUGCAUGACAAUGCCCCCAUGCGCAAAGCGAGGUCCAUACAGAAAUGGUUUGUUGAGAUCGGUGUGGAAGAACUUGACUGGCUUGCACAGAGCCCUGACCUCAACCUCAUCGAACACCUUUGGGAUGAAUUGGAACACCGACUGUGAGCCAGGCCUAAUCGCCCAACAUCAGUGCCCGACCUCACUGAUGCUCUUGUGGCUGAAUGGAAGCAAGUCCCCUUAGCAAUGUUCCAACAUCUAGUGGAAAGCCUUCUCAGAAGAGUGGAGGCUGUUAAAGCAGCAAAGGGGGGACCAACUUCAUAUUAAUGCCGAUGAUUUUGGAAUGAGAUGUUCGAUGAGCAGGUGUAUGUGCGCCACAAAGAAAAUAUUGAAUGAGGGAAAUCAAGGAGUUUCUCAAGGCUAGUUUCUAUAUGUAUUUUAUGCUUUAAAAUGUUGAAUGAAUCAACAUUCUAUGACUUGUAUUGUGUAGGUGGACCAGUCUUGGCGCAAGGAGAGGAUCCUACACGUGCCUCUGUGUCAGGAGGACUGCCACAGCUGGUGGGACGACUGCAAGGAUGACUUCACCUGCAAACAGGACUGGCACUACGGCUGGGACUGGACCACAGGUACACACACACACACACACACACACACACACACACACACACACACACACACACACACACACACACACACACACAUACACACACAAACACACACACACACACACACACACACACACACACACACACACAUACACACACAAACACACACACACACACACACAUACACACACACAAACACACACACACACACACACACACACACACACACACACACACACACACAACACACACACACACACACACACACACACACACACACACACACACACACACACACACACACACACACACACACACACACACACACACAAACACACACACACACACACAUACACCCACACACACACACGCAGACAAAGACACACACCAGGUAACAACACAUCCGCCAUGCUGACCCUCAACACGGGGUUCCGUCAGGUGUGCAUGCUUAGUCCCUUCCUGUACUCCCUGUUCACCCACGACGACGAUGAGACAGCCUAUAGGAAGGAGGUCAGAGACCUGGCAGUGUGGUGCCAGGACAACAACCUCUCCUUCAACGUCAGCAAGACAAAGGAGCUGAUCGUGGACUACAGGAAACGGCGGGCGAGCAUGACCCCAUUCACAUUGACAGGCAGUGGUGGAAAAAGUACCCAAUUUUCAUAUUCAAGUAAAAGUAAAGAUACCUUAAUAGAAAAUGACUCAAGUAAAUGUGAAAGUCACCCAGUAAAAUCCAACUUACGUAAAAGUCUAUAAGUAUUUGGUUUUAAAUAUACUUAUGUAUCAAAAGUAAAUGUAAUUGAUAAAAUAUACUUAAGUAUUAAAUGUAAAAGUAAAAGUAUAAAUAAUUUCAAAUUCCUUAUAUUAAGCAAAUCAGACGGCACGAUUCUCUUUUUAAAAAAUGUACGGAUAGCCAGGCGCACGCUCGAACACUCAUUAUUUACAAGCAUGUGUUUAGUGAUCAGAGGCAGUAGGGAUGACCAGGGAUGUUCUCUUGAUAAGUGUGCGAAUUAGACCAUUUUCCUAUCCUGCUAAAUAUUCAAAAUAUAACGAGUACUUUUGGGUGUCAGGGAAAAUGUAUGGAGUAAAAAGUACAUAAUUUUCUUUAGGAAUGUAGUGAAGUAAAAGUAAAAGUAGGCAAAAAUAUAAAUAGUUAAAUAAAGUACAAAUACCCUAAAAAACGACUUAAGUAGUACUUUCAAGUAUUUUUACUCAAGUACUUUACACCACUGUCAACAGGGCUGUAGUGGAGCGGGUCGAGUGCGUCAGGUUCCUUAGUGUCCACAUCACUAAGGAUCUAUCAUGGUCCACACACACCAGCAUAGUCGUUAAGAGGGCACGACAACACCUUUCCCCCCUCAGGAGGCUGAAAAGAUUUGGCAUGGGCCCUCAGAUCCUCAAAAAGUUCUACAGCUGCACCAUUGAGUGCAUCUUGACUGACUGCAUCAACGCUUCUAUACCAGGCGGUGUCAGAGGAAGGCCCUAAAAAUUGUCAAUGACUCCAGACACCCAAGUCAUAGACUGUUUUCUCUGCUACCGCACGGCAAGCGGUACCGAUGUACCAAGUCUGGAACCAACAGGACCCUGAACAGCUUCUACCCCCCAAGCCAUAAGACUGCUAAAUAGUUAGUUAAAUAGAACCAAGUAGCUACCCGGACCAUCUGCAUUGACCCUUUUUGCACUCACUUUUUUUACUCAUCACAUACCCUGCUGCUAUUGUUUAUUAUCUAUCCUGUUGCCUAGUCACUUUAUUCCUAGUUAUAUGUACAUAUCUACCUCAAUUACCUCAUACCCCUGCACAUCGACUCGCUACUGGUACCCCGUGUAUAUAGCCAAGUUAUCGUACUCAUUGUAUAUUUAUUAUUACUGUUAUUAUUAACUGUGUUAUUACUUUUCUAUUAUUUCUCUAUUUUCUUUCUCUCUGCAUUGUUGGGAAGGGCCCGUAAGUAAGCAUGUCACUGUUAGUCUACACCUGUUGUUUACAAAGCAUGUGAUUAACAAAAUGUGAUUUGAUUUGACAGACACAUACACGCACACACACAGGUAUACGCUCUCUCACAGACACACACAAACAUAUAUUGUUUUAUUUAAAUGCAAAAUAAAACAUUGUGAUGAAACAUUGUUUCUUCAUCCUGUCCUCUCUCCUCCCCUUCUCUUCUCUCUACUCUAUCCCUCUUCCAUCCUCUCCUCCCUCUCUCUCAGGGCGUAACCGCUGUCCUGCUGAGGCUAUGUGUCGUAAGUGGACAGAUGUCUUCCCUACAGCCCAGAUUAUGUGUGAGAAGAUCUGGUCUGACUCCUACAGCUACACUUCCCUCUCCAAGUCUUCUGGCCGCUGCAUGCAGCUGUGGUUCACCGGAAAGAACCCCAACGAGAAGGUGGCAGAAUACUACUUAAACCACGCCCCCUGGCAACGUGCUGCCCCCGCAACACUCCUCCUCCUGGCAACAAUGUCAUUAAGUGUUGUCCUGCUCUGAAUAAAACCACAGAUGCUUAUGUCAUAGAUGGUUUUAUGUGUCCUCGUCUCCCUACACACUUUAACUGUCUC